AAACCAUUUCCCACAAUGGGAAAACUAAAAGAAUCAGUUCUGCACUACGUGUCAUAAACUAUUUAGAGUUCGUCAUUAUAAGUAGCAAAGCCUCCAUGCUCUCCCAUCAGCACCUUUUAAAGCCAACCAUAAGCAUGUCAUCAACUACCUCAACAACAACUUGUACAAAUUAAAGCGACAUAGGGAGUGCAGUAGGAAGGCAAAGCAUCGGUAGCUCCUCAUUAGCUGGGUUGAAAGCUCCAAGUGUUCUGCUCGUGCCCAUUCCUUCAGUCAAGAAAGCAGGCCUUGCCUUUGUUCUGAUGAGGCGAUGGUGAGUAUGCAGCAUUAUGUGCUGAUUCGGUUACACCACAUUGUUCCCUGGAAUAAAGUUGCCUUUUUGGUGGCUUCACCUUAUAAAAAGUCCCGUAUGUGGUUCGGACUCCGAACACUAGCAGGCAUCGAGUUCUCACAGGCAGGCAAAGAGAAACUCCCAGCAUCCAAGCAGAACUGCAGAUAGAGCUGCUCCGAGCAAUGGAGAGUUUUGCCCAGGAGCAUGUCAUCGGAAUUCCUUUGGCUUCGUUUGCAUAUGCCCAGGAGGAAACGCAAGGAAAACCUUCCUGUUCUGCCUUGAUCCAUAAGAAGAAUAAGAAGAGUUCCUUCAUUUAUCGGAUGAGCAAAUUGAGCCAGAAAACAGAUAGCUACAUGCAAGGGUUCAAAGAACACUUAACCCUGGGACCAAAAUUUUCAGAAACUAUCAAAGGGAAGGUAAGCUUCGGAGCAAAGGUUCUACAAGCUGGCAGCAUUGAUAAAGUCUUCAGGGAAUACUUUGUAGUCGAGAAAGAUGAGAAAUUAUUGAAGGCUUUCCAGUGUUAUCUAUCAACCACAGCUGGUCCAAUAGCUGGAAUGCUUUUCAUCUCAACUGAGAAGAUAGCAUUCCAUAGUGAUAGGCCUCUGAGUUUAGCGUGUUCCAAAGGAGGCAAGACAAGGGUACCCUACAAGGUGUUGAUCCCCACAAAAAGGAUAAAGAGUGCUUCAGUGAGAGAAAAUAUGUACAAUCCUGACGAGAAGUAUAUUGAUGUAGUUACUGUUGAUGGCUUUGAUUUUUGGUUUAUGGGUUUUAUUAGCUACGAGAAGUCAUUCAGAUAUCUUCAGAAUGUAAUUUCGGAAUUGAGAUGAUACGCGUGGUUCUAUAGUCUGAAACAUACUGCAUACCAUGCUGACAUGGUAUAUGUAUAUGUACAUGAAACACAUAGAAUUGAUCAAUCAAAUUGAAUUGAAAGCAAA